UAUGCUGACUCUGUAAACCGCUUAGAGAGGGCUGUAAAAGUACUGUGAAGCGGUAUAUAAGUCUAUUGCUAUUACAUGAGAAGUCAAGGGAGAUAAUUUCCAAAUCUUACAGAAAGAUUUGGAAAUAACUGGAUGUCAGUGAGAAGAAGAAAAAUUCCUUAGUAGCCAAAAUUAGCAGACAUAAAUUAAAGUCUUUGAGGAAGGUAAGUGGCUUCAAUCAAAGGAUCUCCAAGUAAUAGAUCAGAAAUAUUUUUGACCUCCUUAAGAUUUCAAGUAUGUUAGUGUUGGAAAAAUUUCACAGACUGCGUAUUAUGAGAAAAACACAGAUUGCAGGUCACAGCUGCUUAUGCAUGAGAAAAUCCAUCCCGUGAAAAGCUAUACAAAUGUUUGGAAUAUGGCAACAGCUUUACUCAAAAAAGCUUCCACUCGAUUCAUGGAAUGACCCAUAUUAGAGACAAGUUCUACUACCACUGCCAAUGUGGCAAAAUAUUUACAAUGCACACCAAUCUGGUGAGAGACAAGAGGACUAGCAAUGGAGAAAAAAACUUCGAAUGUCCUGAUUGUGGGAAAAGUUUCACUAGGAAUUCUCACCUGGUGAUACACCAGAGGACUCACACAGGAGAGAAACCUUAUAAGUGUCGUGAUUGUGGGAAAAGUUUCUCUCGGAAUUACAACCUGGUGCUACACCAGAGGACUCACACAGAAGAAAAAGCAUAUCAGUGUCCAGAUUGUGGGAAAAGUUUCAGUCAGAAUUCCUAUCUGGUGAAACACCAGAAGACUCACACAGGAGAGAAACCCUUUGAAUGUCCUGACUGUGGGAAAAGUUUUAGAGAGAAUUCUUACCUGGUGAAACAUCAGAGGACUCACACAGGAGAAAACCGAUAUGAGUGUCUGGAUUGUGAGAAAACUUUCAAGCAGAAUUCUCACCUAGUGAUACACCAGAGGACUCACACAGGAGGGAAACCAUAUAAGUGUCGUGAUUGUGGGAAAGGUUUUUCUCGGAAUUUCAACCUGGUGAUACACCAGAGAACUCACACAGGAGAAAAACCAUAUGAGUGUCUUUUUUGUGGGAAAAGUUUUAUUCGAAAUUCCUACCUAUUGAAUCACCAGAGGACUAAUACAGGAGAAAACCCAUAUGAGUGUCUGGAAUGUAGGAAAACUUUCAUUCGAAAGUGUGACUUAGUGAUACACCAGAAGACUCACGCAGGAGAGAAAUUAUAUGAGUGUCCUGAUUGUGGGAAAAAUUUCACUCGGAAUUCCAAGCUGGUGAUACACCAGAGAACUCACACGGGAGAGAAACCAUACGACUGUCUAUAUUGUUUGAAAAGUUUCAGUCAGAAUUCCAACCUGUUGAUACACCAGAGAACUCACACAGGAGAAAAACCAUAUCAGUGUUCACAUUGUGGGGAAAGUUUCAGUCAGAAUUCCUAUCUGGUGAAACACCAGAGGAUUCACACAGGAGAAAAACCAUAUGAGUGUAUGGAAUGUGGGAAAAGUUUCAUUCAAAAUAUGGACUUCAUGAUACACCAGAGGAUUCACACAGGAGAAAAACCAUAUGAGUGUCUGUUUUGUGGGAAAUGUUUCAUUCGGAAUUCCUACCUGAUGAAACACCAGAGAACUCACACAGGAGGAAAACCAUAUCAGUGUUCAGAUUGUGGGGAAAGCUUUAGUCACAAUUCCUAUCUGAUGAAACACCAGAUAAUUCACACAGGAGAAAAACCGUAUAAGUGCCUUGAGUGUGGGAAGAGUUUCGUAAGGAAUUCCAGUUUGGUGAUACACUGGAGGACUCACACAGGAGAAAAACCAUAUGAAUGUCCGGAUUGUGGGAAAGAUUUCAGUAGUAGGUCUAGCCUUCUAAAUCAUGUAAGGUUACACAUAGGGGAGAAACCAUAUAAAUGCCCAGAUUGUGGAAAGUGUUUCACACGGAAUUCCUCACUUAUCAAACACAAGAAAUUCCACGUGAGGCAAAACCCCAAGUGUGUAGAGGACUCUUGAACUUUGUUUCCCAUCUCUCAUUGGAAGGCCAGCUGAGAUACUAAUUAUUUAAUUUCUUUCUUUAUUCUUUUUAGUCAAAUGUGUCUUAGUAUCUAACAUGAGUGAAGAGAUCUGAGCUUCCUUUCCCUGACCCAGUGCCAUCGUUCCCUUUCACGGAGUACAGGGGUAAAGGAUCUGACAACUCUUAUUAGGUUUACUUGUUGCCUUGAGUUGUUUCUACAUAUAAUAAAAGGGGAUAUAAAUAUGUUUUUAAUGCAUUUUUAUUUAUUAAGAAAACGUAUAUGGCAAUCCAACUCAAGGUGAUUCCACAUGGUUUAUAGCAAGCCUGUUGAGUUGGAGGCCGGUGGGCCAGAAUAUGUCAUGCACAGGCCACCCCCGUCCCAGCUCUGCAAAGGGGGAAAAAUGUAAUAUAUCACGAUCCAGCCCUUGAUGUGAUCACGUUUGACAUCAGGUUUUUUACAGCAAUAAAACCUUAAUAAGAAACAAAUAAACUCCAAAUAUUGCAAGUAGCAAAAUGGAAGCCUACACAAUUAACAUGUUCGUGGUUAAAUGCAGCACUGCAGGGUACUUCAGCUGACUGCAGUUCUGCAGUUCGGCUGUUCAAA